GGCUUGACAGCGGGCAUCGGGUCACCAGGUACCGGAUCGUCUGGCUCGACAGCGGGCAUCGGGUCACCAGGCAUGACAGCAGGCACUGGGUCAUCAGGCAUUGGAUCGUCUGGCUCGACAGCGGGCAUCAGGUCACCAGGUAUGACAGCAGGCACUGGGUCAUCAGGCGUGAUAGGAUCAUCAGGCUGGAUCAGUUCAUCAGGCUGGGUACAGACAUCAGGCUGGGUAGAGACAUCAGGCUGAAGUGCGGGUGCCGAGGCACCAGGC